UGAAGCGGAGGCAGAGCUCGGGUCAGUUCAGCUGCGGGCUCAGUGUGAAGGUAGAGCUCAACCGGGGGCAGACGCUGCUGAUCGGCCAGGUGGAUACCAGCCAGGAUGUUCCUCUUCGAAAAGCGUUUAUUUUGAUUCAAAUUGUUCUUGUCGGGAGACAGACGUUACGGUGCUGAGUUCGGUCAAGACCGAUGAACCUGCGGUGGCAGCGAUUGUAAGUAACGUCUGUCUUUGUUCGGCAUCUCUCUCUCCUUCACCCCCAGCAUGGACCGUUUGGAGAAGGAGCACAGGUCGGACGACGAAGCUGAAUAUGAAGACGAGGAAGUGGACCCCAGAAUUCAGGGGGAGCUGGAGAAGCUGAACCAGUCCACCGACGACAUCAACAGAUGUGAGACGGAGCUCGAGGAUGCAAGGCAGAAGUUUCGCUCGGUCCUGGUGGAGGCCACAGUGAAGCUGGAUGAAAUGGUGAAGAAGAUUGGCAAGGCUGUGGAGGAGUCCAAGCCUUACUGGGAGGCCCGCAGAUUGGCCAGACAGGCCCAGUUGGAGGCCCAGAAGGCCACCCAGGACUUCCAGAGAGCCACUGAGGUUCUGCGGGCGGCGAAGGAAACCAUUUCCCUGGCUGAACAGAGGCUACUGGAGGAGGACAACCGGCAGUUUGACUCUGCCUGGCAGGAGAUGCUGAAUCAUGCCACUCAGCGGGUGAUGGAGGCAGAGCACACCAAGACGAGAAGCGAACUGGUGCACAAAGAGACGGCGGCCAAAUAUACGGCAGCGAUCGGCCGCAUGAAGCAACUGGAGAAGAAACUCAAACGCACCAUCAACAAGUCCAAGCCCUACUUUGAGAUGAAGGCGAAGUAUUAUCUGCAGCUGGAGAACCUGAAGAAGAACGUGGAUGAGCGGCAGGCCAAGCUGUCUCAAGCCAAAGGCGAAUACAAGACGGCCCUCAGGAACUUGGAGAUGAUCUCCGAUGAAAUCCACGAGCGACGGCGAAACUCUGCCAUGGGGCCCCGGGGACGUGGCGUUGGUGCUGAGGGAGAAAGUGUCUCCGGGGACGACAUGUCCAGCUUUAAGAUGGACUCUGACGGAAUAUCCAUGGCCUCGGUGUGUUUCGAUGAUGAGCCCUGUGGUGGAGGCAGCAUCAUGUCUGAAGAAGACUCGGAGACUCGCUCCACCUGCAGCCUGGGUUCGUCUCCCAGCAGCCCCCAGGAGGUCCUCUCACCCUGCCCCUUCGCCUCCUCCUCCUCCUCCUCCUCCUCCUCCUCCACCUCCUCCUCCACGUCCUCCUGCAUGUCCUCCUCUGCUUCUCCGUCUCCCACUCCAUCCUCUUCCUCCUCCACGUCCUCCCCGGCUCCUCCGUCCAGGCCCUGCAGUCUGGACCUCCCCAGCACCGUGUCACUAUCCGACUUUGGCCUCAUCUCGCCGGUGCUUGGGCCUCGCAGUGAAUGCAGUGGAGCAUCGUCACCUGAAUGUGACAUGGAGAGAGGUGACCGGGCUGAAGGAGCAGAGGGGGCUCUGGACAACGCUCCAGCCAGCAACAACAACAGCAGCUCGACUACCAGCACCAAGAAAAGCUUCAGCCUGGAAGCACGCUUCAGCUUUCUGAACCUGCGCCGCCCGCGAGCCGCCAACGCCAAAAACACAGACAACUGUUCCCAGAAGACGGAGUCUGAGCAAACCGUGGUCCUGGUCAAAGGAGUCUAAGGACCAAAAGUAGAAUUUGUUAGAGUUUGACUCUGCCUUGACUCACUCUGAACCAAACUCUGAUGAACUGUUAGGAGCUGUUAAUAAGUUAGCUGCCACUACUGCACUUCAUUUCCAAACUCCAUGCUCAAAGAGAGACUUUGAAUGUCAUAGCUGGUGUGUAUAAAGUUUCCUGUAACAUCUUGGUGGAGAUGUGAACCUUUACGAAAGACACUGCACCUUUUGGACUCUCAUGCCAGAGAGAUAAAGAGCACUCUUACUUUGAAAAUGUAUUCAUGGUAAUUAAAGUUUAAAAAAAGAAAAAAAAAAGGUAAUAAAUUAUUGUUCAUGUUAUUUUUUUUCCACUAAAAGCUAAAAAAGCUUUUGUCACAAAAGCAAACGUAAAUGUAGCAUCUGAAACCUGCUCAAUCAGUUAAAUAACUGGUAGAACUGAUUUUCAAAUCUAAGAAUUUCUUACUGUUAAAUGGCACAUAGCAUGCUGUAAACCAUGCAGAGGUCUUGCUCUGCUUAAUUCAACAGUUAAUGGAAGUACAGUGACAUGUGGACAUGUUUAAUAAUUAACUAAUCUAACACUUCUGCGAUGUGCUCCUAUAUUUGAUAUAUGACAGUGUUGUAUUUUCUGAUGUUAUGUAAAGUCUUUGGGUUUAAGCCUUAAAUGUUAGAGGAAAACAAAGAUUUUCCAAAGAAACUACAAUAUACUAAAUUAUAAUCUAAACUGGUGAUGUUUUAAAUGCAAAUGUUGGACUACACACCAUAGGACAAAGUUAAAGAUAUUUCAAUGCAAAAUCUGUCCUUUCAUUAGAACAACAGUGACACUGCAGAUCAAUAUAAAUACAUAUAGAAAGUGACUAAACUUUUGAAAGAAGACCUUGUUGUCCUGCACAUGAAAAGUUAAAUUCAUCAGUUUCAACACACGCUUGCUAAAUUUAUUGUACACAGGUGUUUUCCUACUUUAGCCAUAUUUGGUAUGACACGACAAGUAACUAAUGGUGGCUAAUAUUAGCAAACUUUAAGUAGAUAUUAGCGUGUAAUUGUCAUUACUGAGUCACUUCACUACUUCAGUCUCCAUUUGUCCCUGUUUAAGCAGAACUGAACGGUUUUAUAAUAAAAAUGAACGAGUGAACGACAGAUAUUCCAAUGUGCCAUUAUCCUGUCGCAGCUCAGUGAAGUCUUGUUUUAAAGUUUCAUGUUUGUUGCACCAGUAGCUACACAGCAAGUCAAUUGGCCAAAAAAUUAUUCAGCAAUUGUGACAGAUUAAUUGAUGGUCAGUUUUUGUUUUUUAAUUUAAAAAAAAAAAAAAAAGAAUUACUUACUAAACAUUUUUGAUAAUUUUUUUAUUUACCUGUCUGUGCGCCAUAUAAUGAGAGAAGUAGCAGGAGGCUUCACCCUGUUUAGUGUUAACUUCACUCUGUGAAACCAGUGAUAACUGCAGACUAAAAGACAUUUUAUAUGUGUUUAAGUCAACAACAAUAUCUUAGGUUUCUUUCAGGAGCAACUGGAACAAAAAGUUUACACUCAGUAAGCACAAAGCGGGCAAAGUUUAGUUUCCCUAAAUCAUUCUUCAAAGUUAUAAUAUUUUUUGUCCUUGACACAUUUAUUUUGUUCCCUCUGUGGAAAACGAAUAAUGGAGGUGAAUUAACAUAUUUUUCUUCUUGCAUAAAAAGACGAAAACCAGGGAUGCAUUUGUCAGUUGGUUCCUGCUAAAGAUAUAAUUCUGCUGCUUAAAAGAGGAAAAAUAUAUUUUCAUUUUUAUAAAACAUGCAAUCUUCUUAAACAAAAUCUGUUCAGCCAUUAGACAUUGAAGUUUUCAUCAAACUUUCCCCACACAAGUGCAAAUAUUUUUUUGUGGUGACGGAUUAAAGGAUGUUUGGUUUUCUACUUAUUAUUUAUGACGGCAGGACAAUGUGUGUCUCCAUGACGACAAAGAAAAUGUCACCCAGGGCAACAGUGUGGCUUACUGAUGUGUUCUUAACUGUUUUAAACACUGAACCACUGUGGCACAAAACAAGACUUUUUUUUUUUUUUUUUUAAUUGGGAUUUGGUAGAAUUAAAAAAAAUUAACAAUCACCAGACUUAACCUUGAAUUAUGUUCAGUUAUCCUUUUCAUUUCCAGUUGUCUGUCACAUGACUACUGCCAUGGACCAAAGGAUUUUAAUACAGUUGGAUUCUGAUCUUGGUCUGAGACACACUGUCUGGCUGUGACUACAAACACAACAAUGUGUCAAAAACAAACGGUCUUUUGUCAGUUUUUAAGGACCAGAGAGCAUAAUUUCAUAAUUUGUGGACACAUUAUUUUGUUUAAGAGGGUAAACAUUUCUAAACUGUAGAACUGUUGAUUUAAAAUUCUCCCGGUGUCUACAAAGCUAUGCAGAGCAGAGCCUGGUGAUCGGAAAUAAAAGAUCAUACAAAUAUUAAACUCUUGCCUUGUCAGCAAAAGGUGUUAGUGAAGGAAGGUCUGUCCUCUUAUCGUUCUCCAGUCUGACUAUUAUGUGUGAUAAAAGUGUGACAUUAUGUGUAUAUUUCUGUAUAUCUGUGUCACUUUUUGUCGUGCAAUUACCGAGCAGCCUCCCCUCUCUUAGCUGUUUUGUUUUGUGCAGCGGCUGUUUAGACCUCGGCAUCGUCUCUCGGCAGCCUACAAGCUUGUGCCUGUUUUUCAGACUGAGUAAAAUAAACCGACGAUUCACUUCACUGCUGUCCUGGGUCAUGUGCACAUGCUGCUACAUCAGCUUUAUCUUCAGAGACUGCAGAUAUGAUUUUGAAGUUGAGCAGUUUAGACAACUUCAGUGUUACUGUUUCUUUUGAUUAAAGGAAAGAUGUUUUCCUCAGUGUUUUAAAUAAUUAAUGACAGGUGUUUAGCAAUCUGAUCUGAAAUAUAUUCAUAUCAACCAGCAUUUGGCACAUCUUAAGAUAGCUUGCAACUGAUCUAAAGGUCACUGUAUUCACAUAUAUCUAUUAAAACUGUGUCGUAUUA